AUUUUUUUUAAUAAUUCUCUCAUUCGGUCAAAUUUACAAGCUGGGGUGGGUUCCGCCGGCGCUGGAAAUACAUUUUUACUUCCAAGCAAUAAUUUUUUUCAAAAUUUCCCGGAACUCCAAAAAUUUAGUCAUUUUUCAUUGAAGUAUAUCGUCCGUUGUGAGGAUCGGGGCGGAAGUCAUAAAUUUCUCAGUACACGGCAAAUCAAUCAGAUUAUGGAUGGGAUUUAGCCCGUUCAUCUAAAAAUUUGGAAUUACAGAUGUAGCUAGAAUAUGCCGUUAAAAGGCAAGGUCCGACGGGUUCGAGACGAAAGUUGGCAAAAUUGCAUUUCGCACAACUAAAGCUCUCGGAUUUUGGUGAAAAAGCAUUGGUUUUGUAUCAGUUUUGCAAAGCUCGAGUUUACUAUACUUUAAAGUUUAUGUGAAGUUAAAAAGAGACAUAUUUAUUGUGCUUUUCUGUUCAAUCAAAAGAAGUGUUGAAGAAUUGCUGCUUGAUGGUUACAAUUGUUAAAGAUUUUGAAUAGAUCUUUAAGAAACGGGCUUUAAUUGCUCACUGUUGUCUGAUAAGUUGAGAUUGUUCAAAUGUUUGCAGUAUAAUUGUUAUUUCUUUCAAAAGACAGUAUUUAUAAUUUAAACUGUAUACUGUUGUCUGAAGAUUGUUCAAGGAUUCCGGUAGUGUUGUUAUAUUGUCCAAGGACAGUAUAGUCACCAUAUAUUCUUGUCUGGCAAGAAAAGUGUGUUCCAGGAUUGCUGUUAAUUGAUUUUGUGAAAAAAUGUUAAGAGACAGGCUAUAACGGGGAGCGCGCUGAAUUUGAAAGCCUUGCAUUAUUUGCUUGUUAAUUGUUGGAAAUGGAGGAAGGGAGAGGAAUUUUGAACUUUUUAGUUGCAUUUGCUGUGAUAUGGUGCGGGGGAAUAGUAGUUAUUGCGCAGCAGCAGAACCAGACAGUGUCUCUUACUGUGGAUGCAGGGCAACCUAUUAGAACAAUUCCUUCAACUCUUUUUGGAUUAUUUUUUGAGGAGAUCAAUCAUGCUGGAGCUGGUGGGCUGUGGGCAGAGCUUGUAAGCAAUAGAGGAUUUGAAGCAGGAGGGCCUAACACACCAUCAAAUAUAGAUCCAUGGUCCAUUAUUGGAGAUGAAAAAUCUGUAUUGGUGGUGACAGAUCGUUCAUCAAUCUUUGAGCGGAAUAAAAUUGCACUGCGGAUGGAAGUCUUCUGUGACAAUGAAGGAACAAACCAAUGUCCUGAGGGUGGUGUUGGAGUUUAUAAUCCUGGCUACUGGGGAAUGAAUAUUAUUGAAGGUGAAUCUUAUCGUGUUAUCAUGUGGAUAAUGUCAACUGAUUCUGUUAAUCUCUCAGUUUCUUUCACAUCUUCAGAUGGACUGCAAAUCUUGGCUUCUUCAACUAUCAUUGCUACCAGUUUUGAAAUACAAAACUGGAUGAAAAAGGAAUUAAUUUUGAAAGCUGCAGCAACAGAUCAUUAUGCUAGUCUUUCCUUAACGAGCUCAAAGAAGGGUGUUAUAUGGCUGGAUCAAGUAUCUGCCAUGCCACUGAACACAUUCAAGGGGCAUGGUUUCCGGAAGGAGCUUGCAGAGAUGCUAGUUGAUCUCAAGCCUCAAUUUAUUCGAUUCCCAGGUGGCUGUUUUGUGGAGGGACAGUGGCUUAGAAAUGCAUUUCGUUGGAGACAGUCAAUUGGACCAUGGGAAGAGAGGCCUGGUCAUUUUGGUGAUGUCUGGGACUAUUGGACUGAUGAUGGCCUUGGGUAUUAUGAGUUCCUUCAACUUGCUGAGGAUCUAAAUGCACUACCAAUAUGGGUCUUCAACAACGGUAUCAGCCACACAGAUGAGGUUUCAACUGAAACGAUUGAUCCUUUCGUUCAGGAUAUCUUGAAUGGUAUUGAAUUUGCUAGAGGCCCGUCAAGUUCAACAUGGGGUUCUAUCCGUACAGCUAUGGGGCAUCCCAUUCCUUUCAAUUUAAAGUAUGUCGCAAUUGGAAAUGAAGAUUGUGGUAAAAAGUAUUACCGAGGAAAUUAUAUGAAAUUUUACAAUGCAAUAAGAAUGUCUUAUCCUGAUAUCAAAAUUAUCUCCAACUGUGAUGGAUCUUAUCGACCACUCGAUCAUCCUGCAGACAUAUAUGAUUUUCAUAUCUAUACAUCAGCAAGCAACAUCUUUUCUAUGACCCAUCAAUUUGAUCAUACAACACGAACAGGACCAAAGGCCUUUGUGAGUGAAUAUGCUGUGACUGGAAAAGAUGCUGGAAAAGGCAGUUUAUUGGCAGCACUAGGGGAAGCUGGUUUUCUUAUUGGUCUAGAAAUAAACAGUGAUAUUGUGGAGAUGGCAAGCUAUGCACCACUGUUUGUCAACACCAAUGAUCGCAGGUGGAACCCAGAUGCUAUUGUAUUUGAUUCGUGGCAACAAUAUGGAACUCCAAGCUAUUGGGUACAACAGUUCUUCAAGGAAUCGAGUGGUGCUAUACUUCUUCCUGUUUCAAUUCAAGGAAAUGCUUCAUCUGGAUUUGUUGCUUCUGCAAUAAGGUGGAAAAGCUCAGAGAGUGAAGAUGAGUACAUUAGAGUAAAAGCUGUUAAUAUUGGUAGCCGUGAGCUGACACUUGACAUCUUAAUAAGUGGUUUACUUUCUGAUUCUAUCAACUUUUCCAAUUCAAAACUGACCAUUCUUACAUCUAAUGAUGUGAUGGAUGAAAAUUCAUUUGACCAACCAGGAAAGGUUGCACCUAAACCAUUCACACUGAGAAAUAAUGGAACUGAUAAAAGUAUUUUGGUGCCUUCACAUUCUGUUAUUUCAAUUGAUCUGCCAAUUGAUCCUUCUCUGCAUUCAGCAAUAUGAAACGAUUUAUACAUUUUGGCUUCUGCAAUGCUGGUUGCAGAUACCAAAAAAUCUAUCCAGGUUUAUGUUCAGGUUUCCCAUGAUGUGUUGCCAAAGCAGCAGUUGGGAUGACUUGGCUGUUCUUAAAAUUCCUGUCAUAGAUAUAAGAAAUAAUUCAGCACAAGACUUGGAAAGUGGACGAAAUUGCUUCAAUUUUCAAAUACUGCAUUAUAACAAUCUGAAUAUUUUAAGAUCAUGAUAACAGAAAGAUUUCAUAAAGGUUAUCCAUUUCAGUUAAAAUACUGUCUCUGAAUGGUAUCUGACACAAACCAAGUUAUUUGUGCUGUGUAUGAUGCCUUUUGUCUUUUAAUUAAUACUAAUAAAGAACUACAUUUGCAUAUUAA